GAAAAGACGGUUAUGGAAAGAAAUGAACCAGCUCUGCCUGGAAUUAGCUGUUGAUCUAGAAUGGGGAGCAGAAGCUAAUCUGUCAGUCCAAAUAUGAUCCCAACUCGAAGAAAUUUUAGGGGUAAGCCCUUUUUUGACUUCCAAGGGAGAGAGAAGCAUAAAUUUUUAAGGUUGUUCUUCUGAAGAACGGUGGAUGUGGGUGGGUUCUGUUGUAGAUUUUGUAUUUUUUUUUUUUUAUAUGUUUUGACCAAACUUCUUCUUCCUAAACUGCUGUUCUGUUGAUGGAAAUUGUCUUUAUGGUGUUUGACCUUUUUGCUCUUCAAACUCAGAUGCAUAAUGAGCAUUAUGAAACUUCAGUGCAGCUUUUAAUUAGUGCAUACUCUUGAUGUUGUGUGGAUUCCAUUAUCUUCAAAUAGUUGUGUUGGUAGUCUGGAAUGGGGGCUGUUAGCUUUGCGUUGAGAGAUUUGGUCUUCUGGGUCUUGAACAGCAGCAAAUGGAAAGCUGGAUUUAUUGUAAAGCUUUUGGCUUUCUCAAAUUUGUGGUGCUUGGUUUUGGGGUUAGGCUCAAUGUCAUCAAUUGCGAUUUCAUAUGGUGCGAAUGGCCCUGUUUUCUGUGGUCUAAAAUCUGAUGGCUCUCAUCUUGUGACCUGUUAUGGCUCAAAUUCUGCAAUCAUCUAUGGAACUCCUGCUCAUUUCCCCUUUAUUGGUCUAACUGCUGGUGAUGGCUUUGUUUGUGGGUUGCUAAUGGAUUCUAACCAACCCUAUUGUUGGGGAAGCAGUGGCUAUAUACAAAUGGGCGUUCCACAACCGAUGAUAAAAGGAGCUGAGUACUUGGAGAUUAGUGCAGGCGACUACCAUUUAUGCGGUUUGAGAAAGCCUUUAACAGGGAGGCGCAGAAACCAUGCUUUUGUUGAUUGUUGGGGAUAUAAUAUGACCAAGAACUAUAUUUUUGAUGGGCAGAUCCAGUCAAUCUCCUCUGGUUCCGAGUUCAACUGUGGAUUGUUUUCUGAGAAUCGGACUGUUUUCUGUUGGGGUGACGAGACUAGUAGCCGGGUCAUCACCCUUAUUCGUAAAGAAAUGAGGUUUCAGAAGAUUGCAGCUGGAGGGUAUCAUGUUUGUGGAAUUUUGGAAGGAGUGAAUUCUAGAACCUGUUGCUGGGGAAGGAGCUUGGACCUUGAAGAAGAAAUCUCAAUGGCAUAUUCUGGUGAAGGAAAUGUUGAUUUGCCUCCAAAAGAUCCAAUGGUUUCUGUUGUGGGAGGGAAGUUCCAUGCCUGUGGAAUCAAGAGCUAUGAUCAUGAAGUGAUUUGUUGGGGUUUUAUUGUCAAACCUAGUACCCCAGCUCCUAGUGGAGUAAAGGUCUUUGAGAUUGCAGCUGGGAAUUACUUCACCUGUGGGGUUCUAGCUGAGAAAUCUUUGCUUCCUUUCUGUUGGGGCCUUGGCUUCCCUACUUCUCUCCCUCUGGCUGUGUCACCUGGACUCUGCAGGAAUGCUCCUUGUCCACCGGGUUACUAUGAAAUUAGCCCUGAUAAUGCUCCUUGCAAGACUCCUAACUCUCAUGUUUGUCUGCCUUGCAGCAAUGGCUGCCCUGCAGAGAUGUACCCAAAAACUGAGUGCACAUUGAAAUCUGAUCGGGUUUGUUACUAUAAUUGUUCGAGUUGUUACUCAGAAAAAUGCUUCUCAAACUGUUCUUCAUUUUCAAAUGCUGCUUAUGGGAAAAAGAAUGAGAAGUUCUGGUCACUGCAGCUGCCAAUCAUAAUUGCAGAGAUCGCCUUUGCAGUGGUCUUGGUCACCGUUGUAUCUUUAACUGCAGUUUUAUAUGUUCGCUACAAGUUACAGAACUGCCGUUGUUCAUCAAAAGAGUCUAAGGCCAAAAGAGUUAAUGCGAGUGGUUCUCCUUUUCCGAAAGACAAUGUAAAAAUCCGUCCUGACUUGGAUGAGCUUAAGAUUAGGAGAGCUCAGAUGUUCACCUAUGAAGAACUUGAGAGGGCUACUGGAAGGUUCAAAGAAGAAUCCUUGGUAGGAAAAGGAAGCUUCUCUUGUGUUUAUAAAGGGGUUUUGAAGGAUGGGACUGUUGUUGCUGUUAAAAAGGCUAUAAUGUCUUCAGAUAAGCAGAAGAAUUCAAAAGAGUUCCACACAGAGUUAGAUCUACUAUCAAGACUAAACCAUGCCCAUCUACUCAAUCUUCUUGGCUAUUGUGAAGAAGGUGGAGAAAGGCUUCUUGUUUACGAGUUCAUGGCUCAUGGAUCUUUGCAUCAGCAUCUUCAUGGUAAGAACAAAGCCUUGAAAGAACAAAUGGAUUGGGUUCGAAGGGUAACUAUUGCAGUCCAAGCUGCUCGGGGAAUUGAAUACUUGCAUGGUUAUGCUUGCCCACCUGUGAUUCAUCGGGAUAUAAAAUCUUCAAACAUCCUCAUUGAUGAAGAACACAAUGCUAGAGUGGCAGAUUUUGGCCUAUCUUUGUUAGGACCUGCUGACAGUGGUUGCCCCUUAGCCGAGCUACCUGCUGGGACUCUUGGUUAUCUUGAUCCAGAGUAUUACAGGCUUCACUACCUCACUACCAAAUCUGAUGUCUACAGCUUUGGUGUGUUACUACUGGAAAUUUUGAGUGGUCGAAAGGCCAUAGAUAUGCAGUAUGAAGAAGGGAACAUAGUUGAGUGGGCAGUUCCUCUGAUCAAAUCCGGAGACAUUUCAGCAAUUCUAGACCCUGUCUUGAAACCUCCUGCCGACUUUGAUGCCUUGAAAAGGAUAGCAAAUGUUGCUUGCAAAUGUGUGAGAAUGAGAGGGAAGGAGAGACCAUCAAUGGAUAAGGUGACUACUGCUUUGGAGCGUGCUCUUGCGCAGUUGAUGGGCAGCCCAUGUAGUGAGCAGCCAAUAUUGCCAACAGAGGUGGUUCUAGGAAGCAACAGACUGCACAAGAAAUCCUCUCAAAGAUCUUCAAACAGAUCAGUCUCCGAAACUGACAUAGCAGAAGCAGAGGAUCAAAGGUUUGAGUUUAGAGCUCCUUCAUGGAUUACCUUCCCAAGCGUUACUUCUUCUCAGAGGAGAAAAUCCUCAGUCUCAGAUGCAGAUGUUGAUGGUAAAAACUCAGAAGCAAGAAAUGCUGGUAAUGUUGCUAGUGUUGGUGAUGCUUUGAGAAGUUUGGAGGAAGAGAUUGUCCCCGCAUCUCCUCAAGAAAACUUGUUCUUGCAGCACAACUUUUAGAACUCUUCCCAUCAGCUUAAUUUUUUAUGUAUUUCCAAAAUUCUGACGAACGUGUACUUUGAAUUCUUAUUUUCAAUUGCUAAUGGCUUCGAGUCUCUUUGCUGCUAAAUUUUAACCUCACGCAUUUCCGAACCAGAAAAUGUUACUUAGCUUAAUCAAUCAGAAUAUGUACC